AUCUGUACCUAUAUAGAAUAAGGCAUCUAAAAUAGGCUACCCGAAUAACUCUCAUAGUUUUGGAGAUAAGAGAAAAUGUUUGAAAUAAAAGUUGUACGGUAUUGAGGGGUAAAUCUUGUGGAGGUAAACAUGCUUUUUUAAGUGGAGAAGCUUAGGAGAUUUAGAGGUCUUCAUUUUUUUUUUAACGAAACCACCUUAAUUUUUUUAUACAAAUUGAUUCCUCACAAUAUUUGGCACAAAAUGUUAUAAGAGUAAGGUGGCCAAAAAGUGAAUAGUUUAUGAAAUAUUUCGUACUUUAUUUUGAUAUAAUUUUACAUAAACUAUAAAAUAUUUUGUAUAUAAAUAUUCAUGUUUCGAAAUAAACUUAUCAUUACUUUUAUGAACAAAAUAAUUAGAAAUCUGCAAUAUUUGGCAUAAAAAGUUAUAACGAUAAGAUGGUCAAAAAAUGAAUUUACGAAAUAUUUUAUAGUUUAUGUAAAAUUAUAUCAAAAUAAAGUACGAAAUAUUUUGUAAACUAUUUACUUGUUGGCCAUCUUACCCUUAUAACUUUUUGUGCCAAAUAUUGCGAGAAAUCGAUUUGUAUGAAAAAAUUAAGGUGAUUCCAUUAAAAAAAAUGAAGAUGACUCAAAUCUCCUAAGCACCUUCACCUAAAAAAAAAUGUUCACCUCUACAAGAUUUCCCUCUCGAUACCACACAACUUUUAUUUCAAACAUUUUCUCCUAUCUCCAAAACUGUGGAAAUUAUUCGGAUGACCUGUUUUAGCAGCCUUACCCUAUAUAUGUAUAUACAAUAACAUAUAUACACGAACACACAUAUUAAUUCAAAAUUCUUUGUAAAAAACAAAUUUUCAAUCAGACAAUGUCAAAUAUUUCGAAAAAGAAAGAGAGCUAUCAAUUUAUUGUAAUUUAAAUGUGACAUGAGAACAAGAAAAAAAAAGAACUUGAUAGAAAGUAAUUUCACUUAUCUUUGGCUUGUAAAUGAAAAAUUUAAUUGUCGUACUUACGACAAGUUCUUCUUCAUUUACGUUGUAUUUGUGUAUUAUACUUAUUAUUUGAUGCCACUUGCAAAAUAUUUCAUUAUAUCGUAUGGUCACAUUCAUCAUUGUUGAUAAACAAUUCAGAGUCUCGUUUAUCUGGCUCUGGUCUCUCUUCUGUCUCAGUUAAUUUAUAUACAAUUGUGAAGUAUUGUAUAUAUAUAUAUAUCUACAUCUCCUGAAGAGAAAGACACGUGCAAAAAUGAAUGGGCUAUGUUUUGCCUGUAUUAAACUCAUAUUAUGCAUCUUCAUAAUUCCCAGCCUAGCUGUGCCAAAACUAAAAUUGCUCCAUGUUAAGGCGAAUCUCAACAUGUAUAAUCUUGGGGUAUAUCUGCGCGAGAGGUACGAUGAAUUUUUAGGAGACACGUAUAUGCCCGGUGUCACAAGGAUGCAUACAACUGAGUUCGCCUUAUCAAUGCUAUCAGCCCAGCUAGUCAAUGCCGGCUUAUGGCCUCCCGCCAUAAAUCAAAUAUGGUUUGAAGAUCUCAAUUGGCAACCAAUACCGAGCGAAUACCAGAAAGUAAAGAAGGACACAUUACUGUUGGGUUUCCUGUGUCCAAAUUUUGUUUCACAAAUGGACCAAGUGUUACGAAGAACUGAAACGCAGAAGAUGAUAGCACAAUAUCAAUUUUUGUUCGAUCAUCUUUCUCGAUAUACUAGAAGAAAUAUUAGUACGCCAAUGGAUGUGGCACUCUUAUAUACUACUUUAGAAACUAUGGCUGAUCAAAAUGAAGCAUUGCCCAAUUGGGCGAUUGACGUGUUUCCUGACGGUACUAUGUAUAAUGUCACUUUACUAGAGUAUGAUCUUCUUUCGACGACUUCUCUGCAAAGGCAGCUUAACGGUGGCACACUUUUAAAGGAAAUUAUCGGCAACUCGCUAAAGUACAAAAUGAACGAUUUAUCGAAAGAACAAAAAAUAAUAUUGUAUAGCGGCGACGAAAGAAAUAUUGUCGGAGUUUUGAAAAAUCUCGAUCUCUGGUCACCUCAUAUACCCAAUGAAGCGGCAGCAUUAAUAUUCGAAUUAUAUUUCGAUAAUGAUACAAAUAUAUUCGGAAUGAAGAUUAAUUAUUACACUGGUAUCGAUGGCACAACGAUCUCUCUGACUCUAUCAAAUUGCACAGAGAUAUGUCCACUACAGGCUUUAAUAAAUAUUACUUUUAAUUGGAUACCGAAGAAUCCACAAUUUUUAUGCGGAUGGUCUGUCAAGAACUCUACAAAAAUGGAAGAUCAAUUAGAAGAAAGCAAAGAAAUCGAUACUUUAAAUUACAAUGGAUCCGUUUCAUGUUACAGCGAGAAAUUGCUAUUAAUUUUUAUCUUAUUAUAUUUUAUACAUUUUAAUGCUUAGAG